UAGUUCUAUAUGAAAAAGUAGAUGAGUAUUUUUAUACGUGUUUAUUUUUUAUUUCUUCCAUUUUUUUUAACGAUGUUCCACUGACCGAUUUCAUAUUGAAUCAGUAGCAGAGGAAUGAAUGAUUACUGUAGUGUUAAGGAGGAGAAAUUUGCAAGAGUUUAUAUUUCGUGGUGAUUCGAUUUCAUUGAACCUUCACACCGUCAAUUUUGUAUAAAAUAUAUUUAGAAACAAUAUAAAAGACUUCCUAUGGAAAGAUAAAAUGCAAACCAGUUUGAUUUUUAACCUUUUCACUUCAUCUGUUGUACUUCAAUUAUCACAGAUCGUAAUCUUGAAAGAUGAAGGUUGUUGUGUCGAUAGGUCUCGUCCAUUUCCUGCUUCUAGUGACAGCAAUUAUAAAAGUGUUAGAAACGAAACAGUAUCGCAGUCACCAUGAUGGAAGAUGUCGAACGUCUUGGGGAGAAAAUGGCACUUGUCGACACGUGACAAUGUGCGAAGGGAGAAUCGAUACGGGUACUGUUUGCUACUGGUUUCAUGGCUCACCCCACGUAUGUUGCAUUCAAGAAAAACUCUCGAGGAGAAACGCCGAUGUACCCCAUUUUCGACAAGUCGGUUGUGGCGAAGAUUUUGAUGUUAAAAAUGCAAAAAAUACAAGAAUUGUUGGUGGAGUACCCGCCGGAAGUUUAAGUAAACAAGACUGGCCAUGGAUGGCUCAAGUAUUUUUUCAAAUGCCUGGAAGACAAGACAGAUUCUUCUGCGGUGGAAGCGUAAUCACUUCCUAUUAUAUUCUUUCAGCCGCUCAUUGUUUCGAUUUUGGCUUAACUACAAAUUAUUUUGUAAGAGUUGGAAGCCAUAUAGCUGGCCAAGGUAUAAGACAUGACCUGCUAAACGUAUACCAACACGAAAAUUACAGGAGAGGAGAGUUUUACGACGAUAUAGCCGUUUUAGAAGUGACCGAAGAGAUAAAUCUGAAUGGUAGAGUGGCACCUAUAUGUUUGCCAUCGCCUAGACUCUACGGAGAUAGCCUAGUAGGCAGAGAUGUUACUGUAGCCGGUUGGGGUUUGACUUCGUUUGCGGGAUUUCCGAGUUCGAUACUACGUGAAGUCAGAGUGCCCGUAGUUCCAAAUAGCAAAUGCCAGAAUGCUUACGGACGAACCAUUCUUCCCACCAUAUCCAGAGGAAUAACUGAGAAGAUGAUAUGUGCUGGAGUGGACGAAGGUGGAAAAGAUUCUUGUCAGGGUGAUUCGGGUGGUCCUCUAGUUUUAGAAGAUGGAGGGAAAUGGAUGCUGGUGGGUAUCGUGUCAUUCGGUUAUAAAUGUGCAGAACCCGGUUAUCCAGGAGUGUAUACGAGGGUUGUUAAUUAUUUGCGUUGGUUAGCGGACAAUACGGAUAUUACUCAAAUGGAUAAUUUCAAAGCGUUGAAGAAAUGGAAUACCUCUGGAGGAGAGAGUGCAGAGGAUAGCUCCUCGACAUCAGGAACGUCUUCCUCUUCGAUUCGAAUGAUUCGAGUGCGUCCGAAAGAAGUGCUGGAGGGUGCGAAGGAGAAAUCUGCUCAACCCGACAAGAAACGGGUGAUUGUCACCAUUCCCGAUGAGAGCACGUCGUCUGUCAUCGAUUACCUGGAACAGAGAUAUCCAGAAGUUCCGGAAUGGUCGGUGCAGAGACAGGCACGCGAGCAAGGACUGCAAGAGGAGUGUAAAUCGAUCCUGAAAAAGAGGAAAAAGAAGCCUCGGUGGAAGAAGUUCUUCUUCUUUUGGAAGAAAUAA